AGGGACCCCCCUCUCUGUAACGGACGCCUGGAGGACCCUGAACCACGAAUUGGGAACCCCUUUAACAGCCUCGUCCUCCCUUUGCACCUCCUCAGUAGUGACUUCAGCCUCGCUUGGAGGGGGAGGAGCAGGGUGGGAGGCUCUGCUCUGCUCCCAUGUUGAUGUUUGUUGUUUGCAGCGCUGUGUGUGCGGAGAGGGACACGAUGUGAAGGAGGCUGUCGACUGGCCUGCCUGCACGCUUCUUCUUGUAGCGGGGGAAUGCUGCAACUUUUCCCGAAAACGCAGCUGAAUGCUGGACAUUUCUGGUGAUUAUUCUUCGUGUGUUGCCGUGAAUGACUUGGACUUAUGGCUUUAAGGUCCUGCUUGGUUCGUGUUGUGCGAACAGAGUCGUAGAAAGCGACCGCCAGUCAGGAUGCUGAAGCUCGUCUGAGAGAGACAGAGAGAGAGAGACAGAGCCCCCCAUCGUGCGCUCUGGAUUUCCCCCUUUUUUAAGUUCUCCAUCGUCGACGAGGUGCCAAAUUCAAACUCAUUUUAUUUACUCAUAAACUUAUUUAAAAAAUGGUGUUCUUCGCUUCGUCCUCGGCUCGCAACAAACCUGGAUAAGGAAAAAGGAGUAGCUACGUGACAACACCCAGCACGACGACCAGCGGUACUCUCCUUCGAGGCGCAUCUUGCCCCGGGAUUUAUUCAGCUGUGGAGUUUUAAAUCAGCCAUUGAUGCAUCUCGGGGUGUCUGAGUCCAUGAGAGAGUGCGAGUACAGCCAGAUAAGCACUCGCAGCUCCACACCAAUGGAGACCCCUUACAAGAAAAGGACCCCAAAGAGGAGGAAGUGGGAGUCCUUCCCUGGACGGAAUAAAUUUUACUGCAAUGGGAGGAUUAUGAUGGCCAAGCAGACAGGGGUUUUCUACCUCACCCUUGUCCUCAUUCUAGUGACUUGUGGACUUUUCUUCACCUUUGAUUGUCCGUUCCUGGCGCUGCAGUUGACCCCGGUCAUCCCAGUCAUAGGAGGUGUGCUGUUUAUGUUUGUAUUGGGGACACUCCUGAGAACCAGCUUCAGUGACCCAGGGGUGCUGCCCAGGGCCACCCCAGAUGAAGCAGCUGAUCUGGAGAGGCAAAUAGAUGUGGCUAAUGGCAGUACAGGCUACAGGCCUCCACCCAGGACCAAAGAGGUGGUCAUCAACGGCCAGACAGUCAAACUGAAAUACUGCUUCACCUGCAAGAUCUUCAGACCGCCACGUGCCUCCCACUGCAGCCUCUGUGACAACUGUGUGGAGCGUUUUGACCACCACUGUCCCUGGGUGGGGAACUGCGUGGGAAGGAGGAACUACCGUUUCUUCUACAUGUUCAUCCUCUCCCUCUCCUUCCUCACCAUCUUCAUCUUCGCCUUCGUCAUCACACACAUCAUUUUACGCUCCCAUCGAAGUGGGUUCCUCACCACACUUAAAGAACGUCCUGCCAGUGUGCUGGAGGUGGUGGUGUGUUUCUUCUCUGUCUGGUCCAUAGUGGGCCUCUCGGGCUUCCAUACCUACUUAAUCAGCUCCAACCAGACCACCAAUGAAGAUAUAAAAGGUUCAUGGUCUUCUAAAAGAGGGAAGGACAACUACAACCCCUACAGCCAUGGCAAUAUAUUCACCAACUGCUGUGCAGCACUGUGUGGACCCCUGCCACCAAGUCUUAUUGACAGACGAGGAUUUAUCCAAUCAGACAUGCCGCAGCUGGCACCACCAACCAAUGGCAUCACCAUGUAUGGCGCCACCCAGUCCCAGCAGAGCCACAUGUGUGACCAAGACCAGUGCAUUCAGAGCACCAAAUUCGUUUUGCAGGCCGCCGCCACCCCUCUCCUCCAGCAGCAGAGCAGCGAGCCAGUCAUCCUGACGGCCUCACCUGAAAACGGAGGCACUCUGCCCGGCCGCACCUCCCUCACCCUCGGCGGCCCGUGCACAUCGCUCCCCCUCGGCCAGCCCACCCCUCCGACGUCCACCCCCAGCCUCAGCCUCCACGAGGCCACCGACAUGCUGCCAAUCCACGGCCACAGCCACACACUCAACCACAGCCAUCCACUCCAGGAGCCGGUGUCCCACCACCACUUCCUCACCCCGGAGGAAGUGCCCUCGCCGCCAGGUAUGCUUCCCUGCGGCAGCCCCCUGGGUCACAGCCACACUAUGCAGGCCGGCUUCUACAACCCAGCCAGCCAGGACUCACUGCACGAGGACUCUGUGCGAGGAUUGGUGAAGCUCAGCUCUGUCUGACGAUGGGAUUUAUACCCCCUCCUCAAAACAUGCAUCCAGCCCAUGAAACUCUCCUGUGCCAUGUUUGGAACAGCUUGCUCUCACCCUGAAUAACUUUUCCUUUCUCUCCUCAGCAGAACUUGAGAACUGAAAAAGGCUGCGGUUUAAAUUCAGCUGCUAGAAACUGAAUGGAAUUUAACUGAAGCGAAGUGAAACCAGUUGUCCUCACUCAGCCAAUGUCUUGCCAAAUCUCUCCGCCGGAACAAGGAGAGGUGUUUUCUAGUGUGUUGGCCUGUAUGACAACUCAGACAUCAAAAAGUUUUUUCUUUUCUUUUUUCACUUCAAGGGAAGCAUAAUCCAUUAGUUUCUGGAAACUGGACAGGAGGGUUUCUUUUUCAAAGUGGCAGCAAGCAAGAAGAAGAAGACAUGUUUUGACAGUUCAUGACAUUUUUGGUCAAAAUGAUGAAGUUCUGUCAAUGGAUCACAGGUCUGACAGGUUUUUUUUUUUGUAAAACAAACUUUAGCCUAUCUGCCUGUUGCUGAUUGGACCAUGUCUUUCGCCUUUUUUUUCUUGGACAUUCUCAGCAGUGCAAUGGUUGAUGUCAUCAUGUUGCAUAUCAUCCUGCUUUUUCUAUGUUAAAAAAAUAAGAGACUGUUGUACUGUACCAUGGUUAUUACAGAUCUGACAAAUUAUUAUAUUUCCUGUGGAUAUUAAUAAAACACAAACUUUUUAUCA